AUCACAUUUUCUAAUAAUCUCACGGUCAACCUGGGCAACGAGCUGACUCCAACUCAAGUAAAAGACCAACCCCUGGUAGAAUGGCCAGUCACCCCGGGCACACUGUACACGUUGGCCAUGAUUGAUCCCGAUGCGCCCAGCCGUAUCAGUCCAACUAUGCGCAGCGUAAAGCACUGGCUCGUUGUCAACAUACCUGACGCUAAUAUAACUGCCGGCGAUAUAUUGGCCGGAUUUAUAGGCUCGGGUCCGGGCAAAGGGUCGGGCCUUCACCGGUAUAUUACGCUAAUAUACAAACAGACCAAUCGUAUUGAGGGUCUCGUGCGAAAUGAUACCAUUCCUAGUAGGUUGGGCUUUAAUAUGACCAAGUUUGCUCUGGAUCAUAAGCUUGGGGAACCCGUGUCGGGUAAUUUCUAUCACUCUCAAUGGGACACAUAUGUGGACGAGCGUGAAACUGAUCGAGCCUUUAGAGGUGAUGGUAUUGUGCCCGAUGUGAUCGAUGCCAGUCCCAAAGGUCGCAUUGAAGUCACAUUUGCAAAUAACCUAACGGUCAAUUUGGGCACUCAGCUCACACCAGCGCAAACCAGCCAACAACCAUUGGUAGAGUGGCCAACAGUAAAAUGCGCGCUAUACACCCUGGCACUGGUAGACCCGGAUGCGCCCAGUCGUGCUGACCCCAUAUAUCGCAAUUGGCGACACUGGCUGGUGAUGAACAUACCGGGCAAACAGAUUAGUUAUGGUAAUAUUAUAUCGGCAUUUGAAGGACCG